AUGAGGGGUGUGCCUCACCCCCACAGGCAGGGACGAAUAGAGAUCGGUGUGUUUGCUCUUUUCAGUGGAAAUUACUGUGAAGAUAUAUGGAGUGCAUUUGUACAAGCAUAUGUAGGCAAGGAUCCAUGCAGUGUCCCUCCUGAAGCUUACAAUCCUUUGGUAAACUCCGUUCAACAAAAAAUACCUUGCAAUAAAAACCUAUUCUGGAGCAGAACAAAGGACAUGGCCCAUGCAUUUACAAAAAACAGGGAUUGUUUGAUGACUUUGGAGGAUACGUUGAUGGGCUUUAUGUUUGAUGGACUUAAAUGGUGCAGCAGUAAUGGAAGCAAAGAAACAUUCACCACAGGUUGUCCUGGUUGGACAGAAUGUGCCAACAAUCCAGUCCGCUCUUUUUGGAGUAGAGCUUCCGAUAACGUAAGUAGAUGUUUACUUGCCUGUAUAUUAAACAAAUAAAUGGAUUAUUUUUUCUCACAACAA